AUGGUUAUUGAUUCGGGACGAGAGUCAUUGGUCUACCAUGUUCAGGUACCGGUUGAGGAGAACAAUGCACCCAAGGGCCGGCAAUUGCCUGUAACUCUCCUUUCUGGGUUCUUGGGAAGUGGCAAGACAACCUUGCUACAGCACAUCCUCAAGUCUCCUGACCAUGGCAUGCGCAUUGCUGUCAUUGUCAAUGAUAUGAGCCAACUUAAUAUCGAUGCUGCUCUCAUUCGCAACCACAAUAUCUCUCAAACCCAGGAGAAGCUCAUUCAAUUACAGAAUGGAUGCAUCUGCUGUACUCUCCGCGGUGAUCUUCUCUCUGAGCUUGCACGCUUGUCAAAGAAGAAUGAGGUUCAAUAUGUCAUCAUUGAAAGUACUGGUAUCAGCGAGCCGAUGCAAGUAGCUGAGACCUUUACAGCAGAGUUCAGUGCGGCAAUGCUGGAGGCGGAAGAUCAGAUUGACGAAAACGACGAGGACACAAAGAAAAUUCUCAACGAAAUCGUCGAGAUGGGUGGCCUGCAUACAAUGGCUCGUCUUGACACUACAGUGACCGUCAUCGAUUCCUUCAACCUCCUCUCCAACUUCGAUACCACCGAGUUUCUCUCCGACCGAUACGGACGCGAUGAGAUCGUACCCGAAGACGAGCGAACAAUCUCCGACCUUAUGGUUGAUCAAAUUGAAUUCGCGGACGUGCUCAUCGUUAACAAGAUUGAGACUAUCGAUCAACCUACCCGAGACAAAAUCAUGCAGCUGCUCAAGUUACUCAAUCCUGAUGCUAAGGUCUUGAUGUCCAGUUACUCUCAGGUUGAUGUGCGUGAGAUCAUUGCAACUGGUAAAUUUGACUUUGUUCGUGCUGCUUCAGGAGCUGGUUGGCUUCGUAGUCUGCAUGAGAUGACUGUCCAAGUCACUGGCAAUGGAAAUCGCAUGGCGCCCAAGCCGGAGACUCUGGAAUACGGUAUCAACAACUUCGUCUACACUGCUCGUCGACCAUUCCACCCUCGUCGCAUUUUCUCACUCCUUCAUGACAAGUUUAUCAUUCUUCAAAGUAAUGAAGUUGAGGAAGAAGAUGAUGAAAUGGAUGAGGAUGAGAAUGGCGAAGAUACUGGGGAUGAGAUGGACACAGAUGACGAAUCUAUUGAAGACUUCGAUCAACCUGAUCCAAAAGACAUUUUGAAUAACAAGCGCAAUCACCCUGCCUUUGGACCUACUCUUCGGUCAAAGGGAUUCUUCUGGUUAGCCACUCGACCCUUCCAGUUUGGUGAAUGGAGCCAAGCAGGUGGUAUGUUAACAGUUGGAUGUGGAGGUCCCUGGUUUGCCGAGGUUCCUGCAGAGUCCUGGCCUGAAGAUAAGGAUGUGCGAGAGUCGAUAGGAAAUGACUUCCAGGGACCAUGGGGUGAUCGACGCCAGGAGAUUGUGUUCAUCGGCGAGGGAGUGGAUCAGGAGAAGAUCAGUGCUAUUUUGGAUGAAUGUUUAUUGGAUGACAAGGAUAUGAAGCAAUGGGAAAAGAUCAUGAAGAGUAAGAAGUUGAGUCAUGAGGCUAAGACUCGGAAAUUGGACAAGAUUUGGGAAGAUGGAUGGGAGGAGUGGCCUGUCUUUGAGAUUGAGGAGGAAGAGGAGGUCACUGGCGGUGGUAAGCAUCGCAUUAGUGAGUAUCUGGGCAACUCAGAUCAUAAAGGUCAUAAACAUGGUCAUCGCUAG